AUGAGAUUCUCACAUACAUUGCAAUUAAAUGCAGUGCCAGAGUGGAUUGACAGCUAUGUCAACUAUGACACACUGAAAAAGCUGAUUUUCCAGCUGGAGAAGGAAAAUGUCGAUGAAAUCAAUGCCAACCAAGAUCCCGAAAAGAGGCUUGAACACAAACAAGAUGGUGAAGCAAGAUUUUUGACAGCUCUCGAUGCCCAACUUGAGAAAGUGUUUGAUUUCUACACCCAGAAGGAAUCCGAGCUCUACGGCAUGCUUGACCAGAUUGAUCAUGAGAUUGACAGCAAUGGUGAUUUGAACAACGAUGGUGAAUAUCCUGAUGCCAAGGCCCAUUUAUCCCCUCUUGAAAAUCUUGAUUCUACCUAUCGCUUCCCUAAUUCCAUGAGCGAAAAGGAUGAUACCGGAUAUCCGGUGGAAAGAAUCGAGCAAAUUGCUCCUCAACGUCGUGGUUCCAGAGCCUCUCGUGCAUCCCGUCGUCCUUCUCGCCAAUCAUUCGAAUCUCGCAUGUCCAUGGACAAUGUGGACGAUUUUUUGAUGGAGCAGCUUACUGAUUUGCGUUCUCAACUCAUCUUACUCUACAUCUCAUUAUCCGAACUUGAGUCCUAUGUUGAGCUGAAUCGCACUGCCUUUGAAAAGAUACUCAAGAAAUACGACAAAGUGUUGGAAGGCAAUUUGAAGGAACAGUAUCUCAACAAGAUGGUUAUGGACAGUAGACCAUUCAUGCCCGAAACCAUGAACGUCCUCAAAGAACAAUUGGCUCGCAUUGAAACUAUCUUUGCUAAUGCAUUCUGUGGCGGCAAUCACACUGUUGCUCUGCGUCAAAUGAAGAGUCAUUUGCGCGAUCAAGUUACUUUUGAACGUAAUACUGUGUGGAAGGAUAUGGUGCGUCAAGAGCGCAAGGUCAAUGACACUAAGCUCGUCGUCCCCAAGGUCACCAAGAAAUACAAGAUUCCCUUUACAAGGUUCAGUAUCGAAGCAGGUCUCCUUCGUCAACUCAUCUGCUUUGCUUUUGCCAUUGCUGCUUUCAUCAUUCUUCUCUGUGUCGAUUGUUUUGGUGACCGUCAAGAAAAUUACUGUUUCGCCUUGCUGAUCUUCUCUGCCAUCAUGUGGGCUACUGAAGCCAUUCCUCUUUAUGCCACGUCCUGUCUCAUUCCCUUCUUGAUUGUGCCACUUGGUAUCCUCAAUGAUGCUAAUGGCAAUCAAAUGACUGCAAAGGCUGCCUCCAAGGCUGUCUUCCAAUCCAUGUACAGUGGCACCAUCAUGAUGCUUCUCGGCGGGUUUGCUCUUGCAGCUGCUCUCUCCAAAUACGGUAUCGCUAAAGCAUUUGCUUCCCAUGUCUUGAGUCGUGCUGGUACUCGUCCCAUGUGGGUUUUGCUAGCCAUCAUGUUUGUCUCUGGUUUCCUCAGUAUGUUCAUCUCUAAUGUUGCUACUCCUGUGCUCUGUUUCUCCUUGAUCGACCCUAUUCUUCGUACCUUGCCUGACAGAUCCCGUGUAGCACCUUGUUUGAUUCUCGGUAUUGCCCUUUCCAGUUGUAUUGGUGGUAUGACCUCUCCCAUCUCUUCUCCUCAGAACAUUGUCACUAUCCAAUACAUCAACCCCAACCCUGGAUGGGGUCUCUGGUUCGCUGCUGCCUUGCCUAUUGCCGUCUUGUCCAUGUUUGUCUGCUGGGGUCUCUUGUUGCUUAUUUACAAGCCUGCCAGAGAUACCCCUCAUUUGAACACUAUCAAGCCUACCAAGGAGAAGAUUACAAAGACUCAAAUCUUUGUUUGUCUCACUGCCCUUGCUACCAUUGCUCUCUGGUGUGCCGAGUCUUCCAUUGAAUAUGCCUUGGGUGACACAGGUAUCAUUGCUGCCAUUCCAUUGUUUGUCUUUUUCGGUACUGGUAUCUUGAACAAGGAGGACCUCAACAACUUUUUGUGGUCUGUCGUUGUGUUGGCUCAAGGUGGCAUGGCUCUAGGUAAUGCAGUUACCUCAUCCGGCUUGUUGCAAGAUAUUGCUAUCCGUCUCAAGGAUGGUAUCUCUAACUUGCCUGUCAUUGCUAUUUUGGCUGUUUUCUGUUUCCUCAUCUUGGUCUUUGCCACCUUUGUCUCUCAUACUGUUGCUGCUCUCAUUAUCGUGCCUAUUGUCAAGGAAGUUGGCGAGCAAUUGCCUAUUCCCCAUCCCAAUUUGUUGGUAAUGGGCGCUGGUUUAGCCUGCUCUGCUGGUAUGGGUCUCCCAGUCUCUGGCUAUCCCAACAUGUCUGCUAUCAUGCUUGAAGAUCCCUCUGGCAAGCCUUACUUGUCUACAAAGGAUUUCGUCAUUACCGGUAUUCCUACUAGUAUCAUUUGUACCGUGUUGAUCUUUACUCUUGGCUACGGUAUCAUGUCUGGCAUUGGCUAUUAA